AUGCCUGUACCUCGAGGAAUACCUGGCCUCUCUCGGCUCAGGACGCGAGCCUUUUCAACCUCAGUAGCAAGGACAUCCUACGAAGACACCGUUCAGAACCUGAAGAUCGGGAAACACACCAGAGUGCUAUACCAAGGUUUCACCGGAAGAGUAGCGACCCAAAAUGCCAAAGAAUCUCUGGAAUGGGGUACCAACAUCGUUGGCGGCGUCAAGCCCGGAAGUACUGGAGAACAUCUGGGCUUGCCUGUCCUGCCCACAGUUCGAGAAGCAAAAGAGCAGUUGAAACCGGACGCUACGGCUAUCUAUGUUGCUGCACCUCAUGCGGGAAAGGCCAUUGAGGAGGCGAUUGAAGCCGAGAUCCCGUUAAUCGUUGCUGUGGCUGAACAUAUCCCUCUUCAUGAUAUUCUACGGAUCAUGUCAAUCCUGAAGACUCAGUCAAAGAGUAGAUUGGUUGGUGCAAAUGCUCCAGGUAUCAUCUCAGCAAUUGGCAAGUGCAGGAUAGGCUUCCAACCACUACCGACAUUCUCUCCUGGACACAUCGGGAUCGUAGCCAAGUCAGGCACUCUGAGUUACGAGACUGUGGCUUCGAUCACUCGUUCUGGACUCGGCCAAAGUCUAUGUAUCGGCAUGGGAGGUGAUGUCGUAGCAGGCACAAACUUCGUUGAUGCUCUUCGAGUAUUCGAGACAGAUCCGGAUACGGAAGCAAUUGUGCUUGUUGGUGAGGUAGGAGGAAGCGCUGAACAGGAGGCGGCAGAUUGGAUCAAGGACUACCACCAGCGCGAGAAGAACCCCAAGCCUAUCGCUGCUCUCGUAGGAGGAAGAAUGGCACCUCCAGGACGAGUGAUGGGCCAUGCAGGCGCCUGGGCUGGCGUUGGCGAGGCUACUGCUGAAGAAAAGUACAAGAUCCUGCAGAACGCAGGAGUGACCAUGGUCGAUCACCCAGAGAAGUUCGGUAAUGUCAUGAAGAGUCUGCUGAAGCAGGCCGGCAAGGACGUAAGUAAGAUCCAACAAUCAGCUGCUGCCAACCAGCGUAGAGGCAUGCAUACGAUGAGGCAGGCACGACCCAGAGUUGUCUCGCGAGCUCAGAAGAUCAACCUCGGCCAGCAGAGAGAUCUCCAUCUUCGAGAACAAAAGGCAGUAGACCACCUGAGUAAAUCUCUGAAAGGCUUCACCAUCUCUGAAGAAACGCCACAAGACACAGACAGCGUCUACCUUAGCAUAUCUGUCGACAGAUCAAACCGCCAACCCUGCAUCAUAACUUCCCCCUCCUCCAACCCACGCAAGAUCCAUCACCGUCUCCGCCGUUUCCCAUACUCUUACCUCGAAGGUCCCGACAAAGCAACCAUAAUGGAAGCAAUCAAGCACCUACGACUAGACGCCGCACCCCCAGCCGCUCACGCCCAAACCGCAAAACUGAUUUCCUCCCUCGCCUCCCUCCACCGCUCCCAAGAAGCUGUCAGCCUCGCCGUAAAUCUCUCCAUCUCCUCUUCCGGCACUUUACACCUCUCCUCUCCUCAACUCUUCUACGACGACGCAGCAUUCAAAUCCAACAACCGCCACCCUGAGCUCCACGCCCUCCGCGACCCUUCCCAGGAAAACGCAGUCGAAGUGGAAGCGGAGAAGUCAGGAAUCGUGUUUGUGAAAUUGAACACAGAUGACCCACACGCCUCCAUAGGCACACUCGUCAACGGCGCAGGUCUAGCCAUGAACACCAUCGACGCCCUCGCCCUGCCCCCUCACAACGGCGCCUGCUCCAACUUCCUCGACACCGGCGGCAAAGCGACUUCCCAAACCGUAAAAAAGUCCUUUGAACUCAUCCUUUCCGAUCCGAGGGUUAAAGUAAUUUUUGUGAAUAUCUUCGGUGGACUUACGGAUUGUGGCAUGAUUGCUGAUGGUGUUAUAUUGGCGUUCAAGGAGGUGGAUAUGAGGGGUAUCCCGGUGGUUGUGAGGUUGAGGGGCACUAAUGAGGAAGAGGGGCAGAGGAAAAUUGCCGAGUCGGGGUUGGAACUAGAGGCGUUUGAUGGGUUUGAAGAGGCGGCGAGGAGGGUUGUUGAGUUGAGUGGUCAGUAG